AUGAUGAACGCAACAGACAACCCGGCGGACGUGCCCGCCCAGCCAUCCUAUGGCGACAACGACAUCGAGGCUGCUCACGAUUCCGGAGCAGCCGGUCCCAGCAGGCACAGCAACGGCAUCACCAUUGCGGAAAAUCUCCCGCACCCCAACUCACCGCCUGCCCCAAAACGUCAGGGCGGCUCGACGUCGACGCACAAGACAAAACGCUCUCGCUGGGCCACUCGUAAGAUGACUGUCAAGAGUAGUAACAAGAAGCGUUUGUCUCUCAUUGGCCGUCACGGCAAGACCCUCGCCAAUGAGAAGAAACGCGCAUCAGCCGGUUCCGAGUCGUUCCGCCAAGGCGGCGAACCCAAUAAUGCCGACCCGAAUGCCCCGCCUGCCGACGAGGAGGAGGAAGAGCACGAUGGCCCUGGCCCACGCACGCUCUACUUCAACCUUCCGUUACCGCCCGACCAGAAGGACGAGAACGGCGCGCCCAAGCAGACGUACUCGCGAAACAAGAUUCGGACUGCCAAGUACACACCGCUGUCGUUCAUCCCGAAGAACUUGUACUUUCAGUUCCACAACAUUGCCAACAUCUUUUUCUUGUUUGUUGUCAUUCUUGCUUUUUUCUCGAUUUUCGGUGUCGAGAACCCCGGUUUAAACUCUGUCCCACUUAUCGCCAUUAUUGUUAUUACGGCCAUCCGUGAUGCCAUUGAGGACGUGCGCCGUACGCGCUCGGAUAAGACUCUGAACAACUCCCCCGUGUACCGCCUACUGGACUGGAACAAUGUCAAUGUUAUCCAGGACAAUGUGUCGGCCUGGCGCAAGCUCAAGAAGGCCACCUCGCGCUUCUUCUCGAGACUCUGGCACCUUAUCGAGCGCCUUUGGAAGAAGGAGAGCAAGGACAAGCAGAAGGCCGCCGGGGUCGACCCCAAUGGCUACGAUCCGCGCGUGUCUAUCGAGACACGUCAUACGCGCCGCGAAUCGAUGCUCUCGCCUUACAGUCAGCGCGACUCGUUUGUGUCUGCACGCGAGAACAUUCAGAUGACGCCGGUUCCCUCGCCUUCGCCCCGCAAUGCGCCGCCUCAGAUGCAGGACAUGCUCUCUGUCGCCCAGGACAAGACGCGCCCUACGUCGGCUUUUUCUUUCAACCCCGCCGCCGAUGGCGAGUUCAACGUCGUCAAUGCUAAGCCUGAUCUCCUGAACCACAAUAUUGUCCCUGAAGGCAAAGCCCGCUUCCAUCGCGGCGCCUGGAAGGAUCUGCAGGUUGGCGACUUUGUUCGUAUCUAUAACGACGACGAACUACCUGCCGACGUUGUCGUGCUGGCGACUUCCGACCCGGAUGGUGGCUGCUACAUCGAGACCAAGAACCUGGACGGCGAGACAAACCUCAAGUUUCGCCAGUCUCUUCGCUGUGGCCGCAGCCUCAAGCACGCGCGCGACUGUGAGCGGGCCCAGUUCUACGUCAAGAGCGAACCGCCCCAGUCGAACUUGUACAAGUACAACGGCGCCAUCCAUUGGAACCAGUCCUUUGAGGAGGACCCCUCUGGCGCUGUGCAUGAGAUGUCUGAGCCUAUCUCCAUCGACAACCUCCUGCUCCGCGGCUGCAACCUCCGCAACACCGAGUGGGCGCUGGGCAUUGUUCUCUUCACUGGUCAUGACACGAAGAUCAUGAUGAACGCCGGUGACACUCCUAGCAAGCGUGCCCGUAUUGCUCGUGAACUCAACUUCAACGUCAUCUGCAACUUCGGUGUCCUGUUCAUUAUGUGUCUGAUUGCCGCUCUUAUCAACGGUGUUUCGUGGGCUAAGACCGACGCAUCGCUUGCCUAUGUCGACAUGGGUCCGUACGGUGGUACGCCUCCGCUGGCCGGCUUCGUCACGUUUUGGGCCGCUUUUAUUCUGUUCCAGAACUUGGUGCCCAUUUCUCUUUAUAUCACGGUUGAGAUUAUCCGCACCUUGCAAGCCAUCUUUAUCUACAGCGAUGUCGAGAUGUACUACGAAAAGGCCGACCAGCCCUGCAUUCCCAAAUCGUGGAACAUUUCCGAUGAUGUUGGCCAGAUCGAGUACAUUUUCUCUGACAAGACUGGUACUCUGACCCAGAACGUCAUGGAGUUCAAGAAGGCGACGAUUAACGGCCAGCCCUACGGUGAAGCUUACACCGAAGCCCAGGCUGGUAUGCAGAAGCGCAUGGGUAUCGACGUCGUCAAAGAGGCCGAGCGGGCCAAUGCCGAGAUCGCCGUUGCCAAAGAUAAGGCGCUCGCCGGUCUCCGCAAGCUCAACGACAACCCGUACCUCCACGACGACGAAAUCACGUUCAUUGCCCCUGACUUUGUCGAUGAUCUUUCUGGUGUCCACGGGGCCGAGCAACAGCACGCCAAUGAGCAGUUCAUGCUCAGCCUUGCUCUCUGCCACACCGUCUUAUCUGAGAAGAUUCCGGGCGACCCGCCCCGCCUUAUUUUCAAGGCCCAGUCCCCCGAUGAGGCUGCCCUCGUCGCCACCGCCCGUGACAUGGGCUUCACUGUCCUUGGCAACACGGACGUCGGUAUCCGCCUGAACGUUAUGGGCGAGGAGCGGCACUACCCCGUCCUCACCACGAUCGAGUUCAACUCCACUCGGAAGCGCAUGAGCGCCAUUGUGCGCAUGCCCGACAACAAGAUCGUGCUCAUCUGCAAAGGUGCCGACAGCAUCAUCUACUCUCGGCUCAAGCGCGGCGAGCAAGUCGAGCUGCGCAAGGCGACGGCCGAGCACUUGGAGAUGUUUGCCCGUGAGGGUCUGCGUACGCUCUGUAUUGCGCAGCGUGUCCUGACCGAAGACGAGUACUACUCGUGGCGCAAGAUCCACGACGCUGCCGCUACUGCGGUGGACAAUCGUGAGGAGAAGAUGGAGGCCGCGGCUGAGCUGAUCGAGCAAGAUCUCACCCUGCUUGGCGGUACCGCCAUUGAAGAUCGUCUGCAGGAUGGCGUUCCCGACACUAUUGCUCUGUUGGCCGAGGCUGGUAUCAAGCUGUGGGUUUUGACUGGCGACAAGGUCGAGACGGCCAUCAACAUCGGUUUCUCAUGCAACCUGCUGAACAACGAUAUGGAACUGUUGCAUCUCAGAGUGGAUGAGGACGAGUCUGGCAACACCACCGAUGACGACUAUAUGGAGCGCAUCGAGGCCCAGCUGGACAAGGGUCUUGCGGCCUUUGGCCUGACAGGCAGCGACGAAGACCUGACAGCUGCGCGUGCCAACCACGAGCCGCCAGCCCCUACGCACGCGGUCGUUAUUGACGGCUUCACGCUGCGCUGGGCCUUGAGCGACGAGCUGAGCCAGAAGUUCCUGCUGCUGUGCAAGCAGUGCAAGUCCGUUCUGUGCUGUCGUGUGAGCCCUGCGCAGAAGGCCGCCGUGUGCGCCCUGGUCAAGAACGGCCUGGACGUCAUGACUCUGUCGAUUGGUGACGGUGCCAACGAUGUGGCCAUGAUCCAGGAGGCCGAUGUUGGUGUCGGUAUCGCUGGUCUGGAGGGUCGGCAAGCUGCCAUGUCCUCGGAUUACGCGAUUGGCCAGUUCCGCUUCUUGAAGCGGCUUGUCCUCGUGCACGGCCGUUGGUCAUACCGCCGCAUGGCUGAGAGUAUCGCCAACUUCUUCUACAAGAACAUCAUUUGGGUGUUUUCGAUUUUCUGGUUCCAGAUUUUCUGCAACUACGACAUGACCUACAUUUUCGACUACACAUACAUUCUGAUGUUCAACUUGUUCUUCACCUCGGUGCCUGUCAUUCUCAUGGGCGUUCUGGACCAGGAUGUCCCCGACACGGUGUCGCUCGCCGUCCCGCAGCUGUAUCGCCGUGGUAUUGAGCGCCUAGAGUGGACGCAGCAGAAAUUCUGGCUGUACAUGGCUGAUGGUCUCUAUCAAUCUGUCAUGUGUUUCUUCAUUCCCUACCUGACCAUGGUCCGGACGCCCUUUGCCUCCUUCAACGGUUUGGAUGUGGCUGAUCGUCUUCGCCUGGGCGCCUACAUCGUGCAUCCGACAGUCCUGACAAUCAACCUGUACAUGCUCAUCAACACCUACCGGUGGGAUUGGUUGAUGGUGCUCGUUGUCGCUCUCAGUUUCCUGUUCGUCUUCUUCUGGACUGGUGUCUACACGUCGACGACGUACUCUCAGUACUUUUACGGCACUGGGGCGGCCGUCUACGGCGAGGCGAGCUUCUGGGCGGUGUACUUUAUCGUGCCCGUUUUGUGCAUCUUCCCCCGCUACGGAAUCAAGGCGCUGCAGAAGGUGUACUUCCCGUACGAUGUCGACAUCAUCCGGGAGCAGGCCCAGCAGGGCAAGUUUAAAGACUAUGACAGGGACGGCCAGCUCAUCAAGAGAGAGGCCGGCCCUGACGUCGAGAAGCUGGUGGACGGCACCAACUCGGCGGGCGGGUCCUCCUCGGAAGGCUCCCGCAAGGCCAAGAAGCACAACUCGCAGCACAUGCAGUUUGCCAGUGUCGACGAAGACCGGCGGCCCAUCUACCCGCCGUCCGUUGCCACACACAAUACGCGUACGCAAAACGGUAGUGACGGCACCAACUAUAGUGGUGGUGACCACGAUCGCCAGUACUCUGUUGACGAAAUGAACAUAGGUAUGGCGGUGUCCUCCACUGACUACACUGCCACGGCGUCGGGCCGGGGCCGCCCAUCGAUUGACCGGGCCCGGCCGUCGUACGACCGUAUGCGUGCGUCAAUGGACCGCGUCCGGGCUAGCUACGAAGCCAGCAACGACUUCACGACGGCCGCGCGCUUGUCACGGCUGGAGUCCUCCCACUCAGCUGGUCGCAACCUCGACGAGGCUUCUGGCCAACAUGGCCAUGACAGCGCUGCCAGCCGGUUUAUCCACGGACGCCUUCGCGGCCUCUCGAUGAUUUCUAAUAAGAACAAGGCCACGUAG